UAUCAUAGAGGGCCACAAAUAUGGCUGAGAACAGGAGUCAAGGGAGUGAUAGAUCUAAUCAAGAAACUGUUGAGAUAAGCAAAGACGAAUAUCCAGGAGACCAUAAAGGACAGGAACCUAAAAAUCUGCAAGAUUUAGUGCAAUGUGUACAAACCUUACUUCAGGGAAUGCAGGACAAAUUUCAGGGUAUGUCAGAUCAGAUUCUUGCAAGAAUUGAUGAAAUGGGUCACAGAAUUGAUGAUCUAGAGAAAAACAUAGCUGAUAUAAUGAUGCAGUCAGGUACAGAAGAAGGAGACAAAGGUGUUUCUGGAAGUUGAAUGGACUUUUGUUUGUCAAAUGGGAAGGUGUCAUUAUAAAAACAGUAUUGAACAGUUAACAGUGAUCUUAUGUGAGUUUUCCAUUUUCUUGUUUUACAAUAUAUUUCAUGAAGUUUCUAUCAGGAGCCA